AAAAGAAGCCAUUAUAUCACAAUGGUUGCUUAAAGGUAUAGCAAAAUUUUAGAACUCUUACUUGUUCUGUUCCUCUUUCCUCUUUCAAUGUAUUGAUGAAGACUGCUGUGUCUUCUUCUUUAGAUUGCAUACGCUUUGUUCUCUCCGCUACUGCAAGUUUCCAACCGCCCACAACGCAACAAAAACCACUGAAUCUCUUUUAGUUGGAGGCUUGAUAUCUUGUCAAAAAAGCCUACAAAUUUAUGUGACUGGAUAAUCUUCAUUCUCUUAUUUCUAGUUUUCAAGAAGUGAGAUGAUGAGAUCUCCUACUUUCCCAAAGUUUGAGAAGGGGAGCUACAUUGAGAAUGCUUAUGAUCCUCAGCUGGAUUUCUAUCAGGUCUUAGAAGAAGCAAGGAAGAACGCGAUCAACUUCAACCAAGAAACUUCAUUUCCUUCAUCAGACUCAAUUGAACCUCCAAAGGUGACCGAGAACUCAUGGAAAAGAUCUCUAUGCUCAUGGUGGUCAAAACUGAAGACCAAGAAGAGUUUGAUGAAUCAGAAUGUGACACUGAACGAUGGAGUAUCGAGAGUUAUGCAGCGGAGAAAGAGUUCAGUUUCGAAUAGUCGAUCAAUUUCAGGGCCUCUUGCUGAAUGUUUCACCCCGACAAGAGUAGAAGAUCAUAAUGAGCUUCCGUAUAUGUGCUUAAGCCAGCAUAAGUUUCCUUCUGGCGUCCAAGCAUAUGGACCAAUUUAUCUGGUCACAUGAUUUUUUUCCGCUUUUUUCGUGUUUUUUUCCCUAAUCCCUGAUUCAGUAAAAGCAAAGAGAUUUGUUAUU